AUGCCGGAAACUUCAAUACCGCCUUCAUCAUCAAAGGAUGGAGAUGAUGCCGGAAACUCCAAUAUCGCCGACAAUGGACAAGCGAGAAGGCCCACCGAUCCGGAUAUGGAGCAUGACUUCAGCAACGAUGGAGCAAAACAGAAUCCUCCAUGGUCAAAGUCACUCCUUUCAAGAAUACAGACAGUAUGGAAAGCCGCGGGGAUCGAUUGGCGGACAUAUCAGAUGAUAUUCAAAUCCGCCAUUGCUCCUACAAUCUCCCUUGCCGCCUUCCAAGGCGAUGGAUGGGCGGACUUCUUUACAACUCUCGGAUACUUGACCAUCAUCAUGACCAUUCUUCCAGUGGUGAUUAUGCCAAGAGCCAAGUUUCUUCAGACCAUGCUCGCAAGCGUCUUGUUUGUCUGCUUGGGCUGUUCACUUUCUCUUCUAUCGAUAUUUUGUAUGAUCAAGGCCCGGACAAACACUGUUGAGGAAGGUACCGCAGGUCCAGGCGCGGCGAAAUCGACCUAUAAUUCAUCUGCUAGCGCAGUUGCAGGCGUCGGGCUGUUUGUUCAGAUCUUUGCAAUCAGUGCUCUACGAGCGAAGAUGCCUCAGUAUAACGUACCCUGCAUCAUCUGGGCCGUAUUCGCAAAUAUCGCAAUGAUUUAUGGCCCACAAUUCGAACUCACGGCACAGGCGGAGUCUUUUGCUUUGAGACUGAUCUAUGGGUUCCUGACUGGAUUCGCCAUUGCUGCAGCUGUCUCUCUGUUCAUCUUCCCCCUCACCAGUCGAGAAGUUGUAUUCAAAGGCAUAUCUGGAUACAUCACCUCCCUUCGUGGAGCACUGCAGGCAAACCUGGAGUACAUGCAUAGUCUAGAGGAGGACGAUCCCUUCACAGCGGCUAGAACGAAUACGUUGGGCGAUCACCUGCCGAAAAGCGACAAAGCUCGCGUCUUCAAGGAGAAACUGGCAGCUCUUGGAGCACUAYAUGCAAAGGUCUUCACAGACUUACCAUUCGCAAAGAGAGAAGUUGCAAUUGGAAAGCUAGGCCCAGGCRAUCUGCAGGAGACAUUCAGAUUGCUUCGUCUGAUUAUGAUUCCGACUGUCGGACUGAGUUGUUUGGCCGACAUCUUCGGUCGGCUCGCUGAAGAGAGAGGCUGGGAUAGGUAUGUGGACCUUGCAACAUCCACAGUCUCGGAUGCUGCCAACCCGGGCGAGAGAAUGCGAAUCACGACUAUACAAGAGUGGCACGAAUUGAUGAAGGUACUUCGGGAGCCUUUGAAUAACAUUACACAGACGAUUGACGGUGGACUACAACAUGUGGCUAUAACGCUGGAGCUGACCCCAAGAGGAAAGAAUCGUGAUCUGGAAGCUGAGGGUGGUGAUCCCCAACCAGGAGACGAUGGUUUUGCCGCUUCUUAUGCUCAGCGGAGGUUAGAUUUCCUGAAGAGUAAAGAGGUCAUGCUGCGCGGCUGGUGUGCGCUACAUGACAUAUCCCUCCCGGACAACUUCUUCGAGGCUCCCGAUGCCGAUCUAGAAGUACCUAAUUGGAUGCAAGAAGGAUCCUUGUCCGAGCCGCAUGGACAGCUACGCCGGCAGCUAUAUCUCUGCCUGUACAUGGAAUUUCUUCUGGUCAGCAUCUCGCGCCGGGUGCUCCAUCUCGUACUGGCUGUUGAUGGUCUCAAGCAUCAUGGCAAGCUGAACAAAACGAGACUCAUCUUUCCCGGCCGCAAGAGAAUGAGGAAAUGGCUCACCAGUCUAUUCAACAAUGAAGAGGAUUCCAUAGAUGAGCUCGAAACGGAAGGGAAAGCAAAUGUUGUAUUUCUGGGCAGUGCAUAUUCCAACAAAAGGGAUGCGGAACAUUUACCCCCUGCCAAUGCGUGGGAACGAUUUGGCGACCAGCUGCGAAAGGUCGCGCACUUUUUUCAAUCUCCUGCAUCGACAUUCGGAUUUCGCGUUGCGUGUGCAACCAUGUCAAUCGCUAUCAUUGGCCUACUCCGGCCAACACAGACCUUUUUCGUUGAGCAACGACUUUUCUGGGCGCAGAUCAUGGUCUCGAUCGCCAUGAGUCCUACCACAGGGCAGAGCCUGCGAAACUUCUUCCUUCGAGCGGGAGGUACUUGUAUCGCUAUGAUUCUAAGCUUCUUGGCUUGGUACAUUGUGGAUGGGAAGACUGUGGGUGUCAUUAUACUCUUCUUCGUCUUUAUGCAUCCAUUCGCUUGGCUGAAGCUCAAGAAGCCAGCAUACAUUCCCGUCGGGAUCAUCGGGCAGAUUACCAUGUCUCUGAUAAUUGGUUAUGAAUUACAAGUGCGGACUCUUGGAAUCGCCGUUUCGACCUCCAAUGGGCAGGCUUACUAUCCAAUCUACCAUCUUGGAUCUAUCCGACUGGCAACUGUUCUUGCUGGUCUUUCCGUCGGCUGGGUCUUUUCUUGGUUUCCUUAUCCAGUUUCAGAGGCGGGCCAAGUUAGAAGACAACUAGGAUCAGCUCUCUAUCUUCUGGCCAACUAUUACUCCGUCAUGCAUGAGACGCUCCGACUGCGUCUCCGUAAUGAACUCGGCGAUAUGAGCACGAAAGAUAGCCCAGGCCGGAAACUUGAAAAGGCACGGAACAAACUCUACUCCAAAACCACGCUGAACAUCAACGCUCUGCGAAGUCAAGCCGCUUUCGUAAAGUUUGACAUUCCAAUUGGAGGUCGCUUCCCGCGUGCCACAUACCAACGUCUGAUCAACCAGCUGCAAAGCAUCUUGAACUUUAUGUCAUUAGUGAGCGUGUCAUCGCAGAGCUUCUCAGAUCUACAAAACGACUAUGGUAAUGAAGGAAACAUGCUGAAGUGGCUUGCCGAUUUCCAGAGAUUAGUCGGUCAAGCCAACUACACCAGCGAGCAAGUCACAAGUCUCCUCGCCCUUCUCUCCGCAUCCGUCAUGACCGAGCAAGCCUUGCCUCCUUACCUGCAAAUUCCCCAAUUCGGUCUCUCGCAAAAGCUUUACGAACUCGAUCAUGAUAUCCUCAGUCUCAGACAUAUCUCUGAGCCGGGCUAUGCAAGUUUUGCUGUUGUGCAGAUUGGAACAAAAUACAUUCACGAGGACUUGAAGUCUUUGAUUGGGGGGAUCAGAGAGCUUGUGGGAGAACUCGAUUUCUCGUAUCAUAUCGUUUCGACGGCCGACGCUACACGUCAUGUGUCGGAGGAGACGUUGAUGCUCAAGAAAGGCCAAGGCGAUGCAAUCAAGCGAGACUAA